AUGUUUGUUCCAAAAGAUUUACACAAAAGGCUAGUCUUAAGUUACACUAUAGAAUUCAUACUGGAGAAAAGAACUCUAAAUGAGAUGUUUGUUCCAAAAGAUUUACAGGAAAGGCUAGUCUUAACUUACACUAUAGAAUUCAUACCGGAGAAAAGAAUUUCAAAUGUGAUGUUUGUUCAAAAACAUUUACAAGAAAGUCACAUCUUAACUUACAUUAUAAAAUUCAUACUGGGGAAAAGAACUUCAAAUGUUAUGUUUGUUCUAAAUCAUUUUCAAGAAAGUCAACUCUUAAUAAACAUAAUAAAAUUCAUACUGGAGAAAAGAACUUCAAAUGUGAUGUUUGUUCCAAAACAUUUGUACAAAAGACUAAUCUUAACUCACACUAUAGAAUUCAUACUGGAGAAAAGAAUUUCAAAUGUGAUGUUUGUUCUAAAACAUUCUCAAUUAGGUCAAAUCUUAACGUACAUUAUAGAAUUCAUACUGGAGAAAAGAACUUCAAAUGUGAUGUUUGUUCUAAAAUGUUUAGGCAUACAUCUUCUCUUUACUUACAUUACAGAACUCAUACUAGAGAAGAGAACUUCAAUUGUGAUUGAAACGUUUGACUAAAAGUCCCAUCUUGAUGUUACAUUAUAAAAUAAUUCAAAGGAAAGAACACACAGAAUGUGACAUUUAAUUAAACAUAUACUGUAUUAAGAGGAAAAUUAAGAGGGUUAGGUAGCAUAUACAAAUCACUACUUGGUUGAGUACAUAAAAACAUCAACAAAUAAACAUAUAUAAUUGAGCCAGGCCACGGGAAAAGGGGUCUUAUCACAGAUUUUUUCAAUAUUUUGAUUUUUUGUUUAUCUUAAAAAGCACAAAGAGACCUUUCAAAUGAAAUGAAAUGGCUUAUGUCUUUAAAAAAAAAUUUUGCAGAUAUAGACCAAAAGACAGAUUUGAAUUUAGCACAUUUUCCUCUAAAUCUUGAGCACAUUUUUGGCUCUGUAGCACAAUUUUAAUUUUUGUGAUAAGACAGGUUUUCCUAUAGCCAGGCUCAAUUAUUGAGUUUAGAUUGCGAUUCAUUUGUUUCAGAACAUCUUGUGGCAAAUACAGUAUCAGAAAAUGCAUGUACAAUAUUUGCAUAGCCAUAAGGCCCAAUGUUGUUGGAAAUGUAUAUAUUUUAUGUAUACAUUUUAUAAUUAUGUAAAUAUACUGUACUCAGAAAAUUGUGGCAAUACUAAUGUUUGCUGUUUCAUUUUUUGCCCUAACUCAAAAAUUAAUAAUUGCAAUUUCAUUACUUUUUAUUUUACAUGUAAAUAAAUUGAAGUUUGACACAUUAUAUCUUAGUUUUUUAACCCAAUAUGUUGGCCAAUUGAUAAAAUGAUGGCAAUCUUCUAACUGUCAAAUGUAGUGGUGUAAUUUCAUUAAUACAAUAUAUUGAAUG